AUGUGGUAUGGACAGUGUUCAUCCUUGGAUGCCAAAGUAUGGCAAAGAAUUAAAAACAGAGGACCAGACUGCAUGCACACUGUUCAGAUAAAUGACGAUAAUGUUGAGCUCUCCUUUUGCGGCGCCGUACUGUGGAUGCAAGGACCGAAGCCAGUUGUUCAGCCAAUUGAGAAUGAUCAUGGUGUUUUACUUUACAAUGGAGAUAUAUUCGAUGACAAAUGGGACAGGAAUUGUAAUGAUGCGGAAGUUAUAAUGGAAAAAAUAAGCAACCAGGGAGAAUAUUCAGAAAAUCAAAUAAUAAAUAUAUUGAAGUUACUGAAGGGACCAUUUAGCUUAAUUUAUUAUGAUAAAAAGUCUGGGAACUUGUAUUUUACAAGAGACAGAAUGGGCCGAAUAUCUUUGUUAUUCCAUAAAAAAGAAAAUUCCUUCAUUAUAAGCAGUGUAUUGGGAAGGGAAUAUAAUUGUAUUGAAAUACCUGCUACAUAUAUAUAUAAAAUAAAUUUAAAAACCUGUCUAAUUACCCUUCAUUCCUGGACUAAUGAUACAAUUAGAAAACAAUAUGUUUUGGAGAAUUGGCUAGAAGAAAAUGACCAGCAGCAAAAUCUACCUGAUGAUCAGUUUUCAUUUGAAUUUGAUACAAGUAUUGAUCUUUCCACUGAGGAUGGUGUUGUUCAAUCCAUAGAAACUGCAAUGAAAAUAAAUGACUGUAAAAUUUCAUUCAUGAAAAAUUUAAUGAAGAACUUUAUUAUACAAGAAACCAUUCAUAAUCUUCGAGAGUUAUUAGAAAAAAGUGUGAAACAUAUAGUGAGACUUCUUGUAGGAUUUUAUUAC